CCUCCAUCGGCCGCGGCACCAGCCCCGGGCUGGCACUGGAUAAGCGGAGCGGAAAAUGGAGGAGCUCUGCGGUGUGGGGGCCGCUGCCCCUCUGAGGGGAGACGCGGAGGAACCCAAACAGGGGUCAGUGUUGUUUCUUGGAGGCAACGAAGUGAAAAGCAGUGCUGUGGUGAAAUACUCGUCUGCCCCACCGCAAGCAGCGUUUGCUCGUCUUCAGGAGAAAACAGACUUGAAACUUCCACCUGCCAAUUGGUUACGUGAAAGCGCUAAGCUGGGACCAGCAGGUACAACCAUUCUUGGCAACAACAAAAAAAGUAAACCAUUUUCAAGCUUUGGGAUGGCAUAUGACUUCAUUGACUCAGUUGGAAAUGAUGUAGAUGUUGUGUCUGAUUCAGAGAAUAUUAAAAAACUUCUGAAGAUACCUUAUAGCAAGUCACAUGUGAGCAUGGCAGUACAUCGCAUUGGGCGGACACUUUUGUUGGAUGAGCUAGAUAUUCAAGAACUCUUCAUGAGAUCAUCUCAGACAGGGGACUGGACAUGGCUGAAAGAGUUUUAUCAAAGGCUGAUUGAUCAGAAGUGGCAACGAAAAAAGAAGAGUAAAGAACACUGGUACCAGAAGGCUAUACUCUCUAAAUUUUUGUAUUACAGUAUUAAUGGUGAUGGAGCUGCUCAGCCUGUUCCUUCCACUUCAAAACAGCAUCAGGAGGGUCCUGUUUCAGGUGAGAGUGAUGAAGCAGGAAGGUCCUCCUGGCCAGCUCCUUUUGAAAUGCCUUCUUCAUUAUCUGAAGAUCCAGGUGCCUCUAACCAGGGAAGUGUGCCUCUUGAACCCUCAUAUAUAGUGGGGCAUGUGGCCUCAGCCCCCAAAGAACAAAACCUGACUACUUUGUUCAAUGACGGGGAAAACAGUCAGGGACUUAAAAAUGACUUUGUUCGUAAUAUCUUGUGGACCUUUGAAGAUAUCCACAUGUUAGUAGGAUCAAAUAUGCCUAUAUUUGGAGGUGGGAGAUACCCUGCUGUGAGCUUGCGUCUCAGGGAUAACAACAAGCCAAUAAAUGUGCUAACAGGAAUUGACUAUUGGUUGGACAACUUAAUAUGUAAUGUACCAGAGCUUGUGAUGUGCUUUCAUGUUAAUGGAAUUGUUCAGAAAUAUGAAAUGAUAAAGACUGAAGAUAUUCCCAAUUUGGAAAACUCUAAUUUUUCUACCAAAGUGAUAAAAGAUAUUGCUCAAAAUAUCUUAUCUUUUCUGAAAUCAAAUUGCACCAAAGAAGGACAUACUUACUGGUUAUUUAAAGCAAGUGGGAGUGAUAUAGUAAAGCUCUAUGACCUAACCACACUUUGUGAAGAGACAGAAGACAAAUACCAAAACCCUUUUACAAUGCCGGUGGCAAUUCUUCUAUACAAAGUUGCUUGCAAUAUGAUGCUGAAGAAAAACCAGAACAAGAAACACUAUGGCACUAUCAGAACAUUGCUCCUUAAUUGUCUUAAGUUAUUGGACAAUGGCAGACAUCCUCAAAUUAUUGCUUCAGCAAACUACAUGUUAUCAGAGCUUUUUCAGUUGGAUGAACCUAAAAAAGAAGACAGUACAGACUUCCCUAUAAAUGGAAAUUCUGAUGAAAGUUAUAGCGAGGAAGAGGAAGAAAUGCCAGACAGUGAUGAAAAUGGUUCUUACAGUAACAGUUCUGAUCCACCAGAUGACAAUAAAGCAGUGGCUAUAAUCAAAUCUGUUGGAGAGUUAUCAGUACCAGAAAAAUACAAGUCUGUUCAUCGAAUACGUCCUAGCUGUGCAUUUCCUGUCUGCCAUGGCACCGAGGAGCGCUGCAGGCUAGUGCUCAGCUAUGUCCUGGAGGGCUUGAAGUCUGUUGACAGCAGUGUUAAAAAAGAGGGUGACCUUCCUGCAGCUGACCCCAGCACACCAAUCCCAUUGAAAUAUGAAGAUGAAUCCACCAGUGGUGGUCCCGAGUGUCUGGAAAAACAGAUGGCAUUAUUUUUAGACAAAAUGGGCUCAUUUCAGAAGGGUAAGCAUUGCAGUCAGUCAGGAAUGAUUCCUGGAUCGUGGCAAUAUAAAAUGAAACUCCAGCUCAUUCUGAAGUCAUCAAGGGCUUAUUAUGUCCUAUCUGAUGCUGCUAUGAUUCUACAGAAAUAUGGGAGAGCAUUACGAUACAUCAAGCUGGCUUUACAGUGCCAUGAUACCUACUGUUGUCUCUGCGCCAGCAUGCUUCCUGAAGUGUUAGUAUUUCUUUGUCAGUGUUUAACCCUUUGUGGAGAUAUCCAAUUAAUGCUUGCUCAGAAUGCAAACAACAGAGCUGCAUAUCUUGAAGAGUAUAAUUACCAGACAAAAGAAGAUCAGGAAAUAUUACACAGUCUUCAUAGAGAAUCCAGGUGCCAAGUGUUUGCCUGGGCUACAGAUUUGUCUACAGACUUGGAAUGCCAACUUUCUGUCAGCUGUAAAUGUUAUGAAGCAGCUUAUGAAAUUUUACUUUUUAGUAAUCUAAAAAACCAAAAUCCAGAGCAGCAUAUACAGGUACUAAAGAGGAUGGGCAAUAUCAGGAACGAGAUUGGAGUGUUUUACAUGAACCAGGCUGCUGCAGUGCAGACUGAGAGACUGGUGAGUAAAAAUGUAUCGACGACAGAGCAGCAACUCUGGAAGAAAAGCUUCUCUUGCUUUGAAGAAGGAAUUCAGAAUUUUGAGUCAAUUGAUGAUGCAACCAAUGCUGCUCUGCUGCUGUGCAACACGGGAAGACUGAUGCGAAUUUGUGCUCAAGCGCACUGUGCAACUGAAGGUGACUUCAAAAGAGAGUUUUCCCCAGAAGAGGCGCUUUAUUAUAAUAAGGCUGUUGACUACUAUCUGAAGGCAUUAAGAUCACUGGGUAAGAGAGAUGUGCAUCCAGCCGUUUGGGAUUCUGUGAACUGGGAGCUGUCUACUACAUAUUUCACUAUGGCAACUCUACAGCAGGAUUAUGCUCCACUAUCUCGAAAGGCUCAGGAACAGAUAGAGAAAGAAGUUAGUGAGGCCAUGAAGAAGUCCCUGAAAUACUGCGAUGUUGAUACAGUGUCUGCACGACAGCCUCUCUGCCAAUACAGGGCUGCAACCAUCCACCACAGGCUUGCUUCAAUGUACCACAGUUGCCUGAGAAACCAGGUUGGUGAUGAACAUUUGAGGAAACAACACCGAGUACUUGCUGAUCUUCAUUAUAGUAAGGCAGUACGACUCUUCCAACUCUUGAAGGAUGCACCCUGUGAGUUUCUUCGUGUGCAGCUGGAAAGAGUGGCAUUUGCAGAAUUCCAGAUGGCAAGUCAGAAUAGCAGUGCUGGGAAAUUAAAGACUUUGUUUGGGGCCCUAGAUAUAAUGGUGAAAGCGAAGGGUGCAUUCCAGCUCAUCAGAAAGGAGCUAGUGGCAGAAAGUGAGCAGAAAAGCAAGGAUAAAAGUAGUGCUGAGAAUGUGUCACCUAAUGAUUCCCCUACUGGCCUUAACAAAGAAGAAGUAUUGAAACUACUUAGUAUUUUUGAGUCCAGAAUGUCAUUCCUUCUCCUCCAAUCCAUUAAAUUGUUAACUUCAACCAAAAAAAAAAUUGGGGGCAUUAAUGAAGAAGAAGUUGUUCUUAAAACAAACAAGCAAGUUUACUCCCUGCUGUUGCGUGCAACUGCUAACAAAAGUAUGACUCUGCUAGAACGAAUAGAGGUAAUCUUAAAUUUACUGGAACAGCUGGCUCAAAAUAACGAAGCUAGUAAUGGAGGAAUUCAGUGACUGAAAUGCUGCAAAAUAGCAGAAACAGUGCCUUGCUAAGCAUGGGAUCAGUGGUAUUUUUUCCCAUGUGAUAUUUGUUAUUUAUUGAAGGCAAUUAAUAUCGCCUGUGUGGUUACACUGUACAUCUGGGAAAGAACAGGAAUUCCUUUCUGUCCUGCAAGAACUCUGUAGUGGUUCGGUUACUAGCGUUUCUUUGUUUGAAAUGCCAGUUUGGGGUUCUGGAUAUAAGCAUAACAAUUUUUCACGUUGGAGAAAUUCAUGAUUUUUCUCUUACAGAUAAUGGGCUUUGCAGUGAUGUAAACGUUUUGCAUAAAAAUGUAAUCUCACAGUUGCUCUGGUUUGAUAUUUAAUGAAAUAUACUUCGUAAGCAAGGCUUCAUUGAAACACUUUAACCAGUAACAUGAACCGAAGUCCCACAAGGAAAUUUCUGUUGAAUAUGUGGACACACUACUUCUAUUACAGUUACUAUCCUGCACAAAAAUGUGUGCCUUUCUAGCUUUGAUGCAAGACUCUUGCAAAUAUUAGCCAUCACUGGGACUUCAUUUACCCCAGAAAGUGAAUGGUUUUAGCUGUGUUUGAAUCGAUCAAGAGUAGUAUUAUCUUUUUCAGACUUGAAACUGUGAAUAAAUGAGAGCAUAUUUUUAAAUAAAAAUUUAUUUAUUAAAUAUAAACUCAUGAAUUGGUCUGCCUUGUUUUUAUUGUUUAUGACUUAUGACCCUCAUCAGAGAAGCAAACUGCUCAACAGAAUUAAAACUAUUUGAAAGGCAGUGGGGGCUGGAAAAAAUCUGUAAAAUCAGGCCUAACAAAUGAGUGCAGUCUUAUCUCAGCAUGCGAGGACUCUGUUUUUUGGAAAUGUGUACUAUUUAAAGUUUUCAAAAAUAUAACAUCUGAUGUCUUAAUGUUUUUCUACAAAUGUCGUGCAUAUUAUAUAAAACACACUGUUUAUUUAAAGGUAGGAACAGUUUUUACAUGUGUAUACACAUGCAUGUGUGUUGUUUUUUUAAUCUCUAUACUUAGACACAAGUAAUGAAUUCACUGUUUCAGCUGCUUGUUUUGAGGUGAUUCCUACUCUCAUGGUGAGAGAUACAGACCAAUGCUUUUUUGCAUGGGGUGUGUUUUCACCCAGAAAACCCCAGUUUGUAGACAUUUCUAUCCUGACAAUUUAAACAUGGUUUUACAAGUGCACCCUUAGAUCUGUCUUCAGAAGAAAUCAGAUCUUUCUGAUGCAACACAGAGCACAAAUGCACCUGAGAGAAGCAAAAGCACCUUGUGAAAGGAGGACAGAUCGUAUGUAUCUAUCUGUUCUGUUGCUUCCAAUUUGGAAUGACUGACUUGAAAAAGAAAGCAGACUGGGGCCUUAGGGUUCUGUGUCUUUUCCUGCCUUCCUCCUCAGGGCUGGCUCCAUGCAACACCCCUUACAUCCCCUCACUUUUGGUGAGGUCAAAGCUGCAGAAAAUUGAUCAGUGGGUUUCUGAAGUAAGAAGGCUAAAAGCACUAAGCUUCAAAUUGUUGUCAUUGGGAAGGUUGGCAAGGGUGAGGGGUAGAAGAAAUAUGUUCAUGACAAAAAUCUCUUCAGAGCAGAGGAGCUGAGGGGUGGCUAAGGAAGACUGCUGAGAUCAGUAACAGUGUUUUGGCUGUAGAGAAGAGAGAGAUUCCUGGUUAGAGAACAGUCUACUGCUCUGACAGCUGCAGGCAGAUUCCUGAUGGUAAGGGGAAAUUCUAGCUGAAACCCAUUGAUCAGAUCCGAUCUAGCAGGCUGUCUUAAUGCAAGAGGUCAGUGCACGCAGUGCUGCAGUUUUCACUUCAUUCACGAGGGACCGUCUAGAAGGUCUGUCCCAAAGAAAAGUGUCAGACUAGAGUGUAAUCUCUGGUCCUACUGAAACUCCCCAAAU